ACCUACAUCAUUUUGGCAACUUUCCUUUGCCCUCAGCCAGCCAUGGUGUCAUACUGGCCAGCUUGGAAUCGUUUGUUAUUUGCCUACGUUGUUGUGGUCUUUGUGUAGUGAGACAAAUCAAGCAUUGGAACUGCACAACAUUACAUAAAUCACUGCUUCUGUCCAUUGGAGUCCAAUUGAACAACUUGGUCAUGCUAGGUGGGGUGCAGACAAGCCCUUCAUGAACAAGCUGGCCAUCCGAAGGUGGAAGGCGCGCUUCCCCUUCUGGCCGCCUCCAGAUGCCUCGCCAGUAACGCCAAUCGAGCCCUGGGGCAAACAAUUCUUUGUCUACAAUGCCCCUAAAGGCACUGAAAUCCGUGGCGACCCUCGAGCCCCGAGCCAAGAUGAACUGCGACCUGCGUGGUUGCGGGAUGAAGAUGCAGCCUCCAUGCUUGGAGAGGCUGUUGCAGAUAUCGGUGGCAAGGAGAAGCACCAACCGUUGGCUGCCCGCAGGGCAACUUUGGCCAAGAUCAAGCCUGGGCCGGAGACCUUGCUGUGCGCCACAGACUUUCGCCAGCGGCCCAUGCUCUUCUUGCGUCCAGAAGAGUGGUUCAGUCUACUGCAAGAACUGCCUGAGCUCCGUGAGAAGCUGCGGCAGAAGCAAGCAGAGAUUGAUGCAAUGGAUGAAAGAGGAGCACACAUGGAGGAUUAUUUUCUUCGAAGGAAAUAUAUUGUCGACAAGUACGCAGAGCGGAGGAUAGGAGUUCCGGGCUACGGUGGAAUCAACAGAUCACUCUUCAGCAGCGGAGAGGGCUUGCGGGCUCGGGAACGAAAGAUCCGGCUUGCCAACCGUGUCUUGGAAGAGAUCAGCAACUCUGGUGCUGCCGAGUAAAUCUUCACAAGCUCUGGAUGUUUGAAAGCAGAGACACCGAAUCUCCCAAUCUAGAUUAGCCUC